AUGCCCAAGCACGUAAGUUGUUGUGUGCCUUUGUGCACCAAUAAUUUCAGAAACUCCUUCGGAUUGACGUUUUAUCGAAUUCCAAAAGAUGAAAGUAUUCGCAGAGAAUAUGUCCGUUUACUAAGAAAUGAUAAUUUGAAGAUAGAGUCCGACAGUACACGCGUUUGCUCUGUGCAUUGGACUGGAGGUAGUAAGCUCAGCAGAACUCACCUUCCAUCGAUAUUUCCUUGGAGCAAGAAGGAAAAGGAGCGACGGAUUUUGUCCAGAACGGAAGCGACUGCAAAUACAGCAAGCAAGAAAAGAAAAGUGGACGUGGGAUCUUCUACCGAAAUUGACGAAGGGACUCUUAUUGAAAUUGAUCACGAGGAGUCCAUUCCGGCCUCUUUUUGCGAUGCAGCGACACAAACUGAAAUGACUGUAGAAAUGCUGGAUCGAAUGGAAGCCGAACUUAAAGAGAUGAGAGAGGAAAAGGAAAGGUUGGCAAGGGAGAGAGACAAGUUAUCAAGGGAGUUAAAGAGACUUCAGCAUGUAACGAAAAAUCAGAAAUUUGACAUUGUAAAAUUUAAGGACAGCCCUGAAGAUGUCGAAUUUUACACAGGCCUUCCCCACUGGGAUGCACUUAUGCUCCUUUAUGACCUGGUCAGUCAGAAGGCUCAGAACCUGAACUAUGGCAGUUACGAAAAGAAAGACAGUGGUUCAGAGCAAAAGCUUGGAAGGCCCAGAGCAUUGACUUUAUUUGAAGAGUUUGUUUUGACUUUAAUGAGACUUAGGCUUGGCUUGUUUCAAAAGGAUCUUGCACACAGAUUUAAUGUUUCUGAAACUACUGUUUCUGUUGUGUUUAACACUUGGAUUCGGUUUAUGAGGAUUGAACUGGAGCCUUUAAUUUGCCUCCCCAGGAGAGAGCUUCUACAUCAGUUCAUGCCAAACAUUUUCAAGGAACUUUAUCCAAGGACAGUUCUAAUUAUUGAUGCUGUUGAAAUUCGAGCAGAGAGCCCCUCAUCACUUGACAUGCAGUCAGUGUGUUAUUCCUCGUAUAAAGGAACAACAACUAUGAAAGGACUAGUUGGUCUUUCGCCCACUGGAGCCCUGGGAUUUUUAAGCGAGCUUUACACUGGUAGCAUAAGUGACAAGGAGCUUACCAAAAUGUCUCAUGUGAUUGACUACUUGCAUCCUGGGGACGAUGUCAUGGCAGACAAAGGCUUUGACAUACAAGAUGACUUUGCUGCAAAAGGGGUUACUGUAAACAUACCUUCUUUUCUUAAAGGAAAAACUCAGUUCAGCAGAGAAGAAAUGGCACACAACAAAAAAAUUGCUAGCCUGAGAAUACAUGUUGAGAGAUGUAUUGAAAGGAUGAAAAACUGGCAUAUUUUUGACAGCAGAAUUCCUUUAACAUUGGCUCCUAUUGCUAGUGACAUGUUUAUAAUCAUAGGGGCACUUACAAACUUUUUACCACCUCUCAUUGAUUAA